UAGGGGGUAUCCAACAAAAUUACCUCCUUUACCUCCUGACCUCACGUUUCCGCCCAGUCUUCCUUCAUCUUACCUGUCUCUUCCUCGCCUUAUCUCCACAUUCUUCUUCGUAUUCGUAGUCACGUCACGUCACGUCACAUCAGACCUCUCAUCAUCAUCAUGUCCACUAUCCUAAUCACCGGCGCUAACCAAGGAGUUGGGCGUGCCCUUGUCGAGGCCUAUCUCUCAUGCCCCAACAAGACGGUUAUCGGUGCCGUCCGCAAUCCUGAGACCACCACGCUUAAGAGUAUCAAGCCGGCUGAGGGUAGCAGGCUCCUGGUCGUCAAGAUCGAGGCUACAUCCGAGACGGACCCGGCCAAAGCCGUUGAGGAAAUCAAGGCAGCCGGUAUUGAUUCCCUCGACGUCGCCAUUGCCGUAGCCGGUAUCAAUCCGUCCAGUGCUUUUGCCGAGGUCAAAGACAUAGACGUCGAUGCCUUGCGUAACAUCUUUGACGUCAACACCUUCUCUUUCGUGCGCCUUUUCAAAGCCGUGCAUCCGCUGCUCAAAGCAUCUACCGCCUCUCCAAAAUUGCUAGCUAUCAGCUCCAACGCUAGCCAGAUCGUCGAGAUGGAGCCUACUAUCCCCGUCAGAGUCGGCGCCUACGGUGCCAGCAAGACAGCUCUCAACUACCUCGUCCGACGUGCCCACUUCGAAAACCCCUGGCUGACCGCCUGGGUCAUGAAUCCGGGUUUCGUUCAGUCAGUCACCGGAAACGCCCACGCCAGGCUCUGGGGUAUGGAGAAGGCGCCCCAUUCCCUGGACGAUGUCGUCCCGGCUAUAGUGGGAAAAAUUGAAAGUGCCACACGGGCUGAGACGUCGGGGAACUUUUAUAACUUCGACGGCACUCCCUUGGCCUAUUGAGAUAAGGCAUCCGGAAGCCUACCUCCUAUAGCUGGAUAUCGGAAGAUCAUGCACGGCGUAGCGUAGUAGUUAAAGAACGUAGUUGAAGAGCCAAGUUGGAUUAGUUAGGGGUUUCUAGCUACCUACCUCCAAGGUACCUAACAUUAGGUGCACAACUGAAUCGAUACAAGCCGGGUCAAGUAUAUUGGACUCCGCGUCUUGAUGAACUGACCGCAUUAAUUUAGUAUCAUCGACAUUGCUUCCACUAUAUUCUUUU